UUGAAGUUCAUUGCAUCUCCUACAAAAAAAGCCGAAAAGGAAUAUGCAAACGUUGUUAAUGAUGAAAAUGUUGAAUAUCAUUGGCAAGUUGUUGAACGAAUUCUUUUUAUUUACAGCAAAUUGAAUCCAGGUGUGAAAUAUGUUCAAGGGAUGAAUGAAAUUAUUGGACCUAUUUAUUAUGUAUUAGCCAGCGACAACGAUGAUGAAUGGGCCAGGUAUGCGGAAGCUGAUGCCUAUUAUUGUUUUCAGUUAUUGAUGAGUGAGAUCAAAGACAAUUUUAUCAAAACUCUGGACAAUUCCUAUUGUGGCAUCGAAUCGUUGAUGUCACAGUUUCACGAACGUCUGCAGAUAUGUGAUGAAGCUUUAUACAAACAUAUUACUGAUUUGGCCAUAAAACCACAGUUUUAUGCAUUUCGCUGGUUGUCGCUAUUAUUGUCGCAAGAAUUUCCAUUGCCAGAUGUGAUUACAAUUUGGGAUUCUUUAUUCUCAGCUACUAAUCGUUUUAAUCUUCUAUGCAAUAUAUGCUUGGCUAUGCUGGAAAAGGAACGUGACGAGCUUCUUUCUGCUGAUUUUAGUACAUGUUUAAGGCUUUUGCAAAAUUAUCGAGAAAUAGAUGUUGGUCAGUUGAUUUCUUUUGCUCAUGAAUUAGAAGAUGGAUUAUACGCUCGCUGUUCUUCCUCAUCUAUUGAUAAUAGAAACUCGAAGAAUCAGGUUGAAAAGGUUUUUAGUGCGCAAAAAAGUAAAUUAAUCGCAUCAUUAUCAAAUUUUAUCAAAACUUUCUCGAAGAAAUAA